AUGCCUCCCAAAUUCUCUUCUCACUACGUUGACACCAAUGAAAAGCCCAAUGAGAAUGAUCGGGAUAGUGACCCCUUCGUGAAUGCCAAAAGUUAUUAUUCAAAAGACACAGAUAUCUCGACUCGUCUUGGUUCAGGCCGUGGACGCACGCUUUCUACUUCAGCAGAAUCGGGAUCGUCUCUCACUCCCGAACUUAAAAAUAUUCGCCGCCGCGGUAGUUUGGACGAACAUAAAGAGCCUCGGAAAUUUUUGGUAGACGUCGAAAAAACUCUGCAUUCUUUGCUGGAAUCCGAGGAUACCGAUCGCAAUAUGCAAAUUACCAUUGAGGAUACUGGCCCAAAAGUCGUUUCCUUAGGUAGUGCUAGUUCCGGUGGCUAUCGUCUUUACGAGCUUCGGGGUACGUAUCAGUUGUCCAACUUGCUUCAGGAACUGACUCUUGCGAAGGACUUUGGUCGUCGCUAUGUUAUGAUUGAUGAGCGCAGAUUGAAUGAAAAUCCUGUUAGCCGUCUUUCUCGACUUAUUAAAGGAACCUUUUGGGAUGCCCUUACCCGUAGAAUUGAUGCUAGUACUUUAGACGUCAUUUGCCAUGACACUAAGGAUCGUUCUGGCCACUCUGUUAACCGUAUUUAUGUUCCUAAGCCUGAAAAAGAACAAUACGAAUACUAUUGUCGUGCUGCAAAAGAGCGUCCUUAUCUGAACUUGCAAGUGGAAUAUUUACCUGAAGCAAUUACGAAAGAGUGGGUGCGGGAUGCCAACCAAAAACCCGGCUUACUUGCUCUUGCCAUGGAAAGGUAUAAGGACGAUGAAGGAGAAACUCACCUCCGUGGUGUCCCCUUUGUCGUUCCUGGCGGCCGUUUUAAUGAAAUGUAUGGCUGGGACUCUUAUUUUGAAGCGCUUGGUUUGCUCAUUGACGGCCGCGUUGAUUUGGCUAAAGGCAUGGUUGAAAAUUUCAUUUUCGAGAUUACAUACUAUGGUAAGAUUUUGAAUGCUAAUCGGACUUACUACUUGCUACGUUCUCAACCUCCCCUCCUUACGGAUAUGGCCAUUCGUGUAUAUGAACAUAUCAAGAACGAGGAAGGUUCCAAAGACUUUUUAUACAGAGCCCUCUGUGCAGCCAUGAAGGAAUAUUAUACAGUUUGGAUGAGCUCCCCUCGUUACGACACAAAAACUGGUCUUUCUAGAUACCGCCCCGAUGGUCUUGGAAUUCCUCCAGAAACCGAAGCUAGUCAUUUUGAGCAAUUGUUGCGUCCCUACAUGGAGAAAUACAACAUGACUCUCGACGAAUUUACCGAAGCUUACAAUUAUCAAAAAGUUCAGGAACCUUUUCUAGACGAUUACUUCUUACACGAUCGUGCCGUACGUGAAAGUGGCCACGACACGACUUACCGCCUUGAAAAAGUGUGUGCCGAUUUGGCAACCGUUGACUUGAAUUCUCUUUUGUAUAAGUAUGAAACAGAUAUAUCCCGUGUUGUUUUAGAAAUCUUCAAUGACAAACUUGUAUUGCCAGAUGGCAAUGUCGAAACUUCCGCUAUUUGGGACCGCCGCGCAAGAGCUCGUCGAGCUGCUAUGGAAAAGUACAACUGGUCAGAAGCCGAAUCCAUUUGGUACGAUUAUGACACAAAAUUCGAAAAGCGAGGUACUUAUCAGAGUGCAACUGCAUUCUGGGCUCUUUGGGCUGGCGUGGCUACCCCUCGACAAGCGGCUAGAUUCAUUGAAGUCAGCUUACCCAAGUUUGAAGUAUCCGGCGGUAUUGUGGCAGGUACCAAGGAAAGUCUUGGUCAAGUAGGUUUACAUAAUCCUAGUCGUCAAUGGGAUUAUCCGAAUGGCUGGAGUCCUCAACAGAUUUUAGCCUGGUAUGGCCUUCUCCGUUAUGGUUACGAAGAUGAACUGCGUAGAGUAGUAUAUCGCUGGCUGUAUACCAUCACGAAGUCUUUCGUUGACUUCAACGGAGUCGUCGUUGAAAAAUACGAUUUGACCAGAGCCGUUGAUCCCCAUCGUGUUGAAGCAGAAUACGGCAAUCAAGGUCUCGAUAUUCAAGGUGUUGCAAGAGAAGGAUUUGGAUGGGUUAAUGCUAGUUAUGAAAUUGGACUUACCUUUUGCAAUUCUCACAUGCGGAGAGCUUUGGGUGCAUGCACUGAACCUGCGAUUUUCUUCAGCGAUAAAAAACAACAAGAGAUUGGAAGUUAA